CACGUUCAUCAUUCUGGAUAACAAAUAUAUCUCAAAAACAACGAAGUACAAUAGCAAAAAAAGAUAAAUGGAUUUCAUUAUUAACAAAUUUAAAGCCCUAAAACACCUGGAUGAUGAGGAAAGUGAGAUAAAAUCUGAGUGUCUGGAAGACAAGAAACAGUGCAAGACUUUAUCAUCCAAUCUGGAUAACCUGUUUGAUAAACUGUAUAUAAGUGAAGGAAAUUCUUUGAUUGAAGACAUAGGAAUUGAGCAAUCGAAGCCGGAAACCACGGAUUGUAACAACUACCCUCAUAGGAAUUACUUCAACAAGAGUCCCACGGAUUUUCCCUGGAAAAAAGCCUCGGAGAAAGGUGAAGUGAAAGGGCUUGACUUCGAUAUAAACUAUUCGAAUGUUUUCGAGGAUGUAAGCCAGUUGGCUGAGGUGGAAAAGCAAUUGCAAUUGCUAUACAGACCCUUCACCUGCUUAAUGGAUGUCAGUUGCCGAUUCAACAUGUACGAGUUGUGCCUGCUGAUUUCCGAUUCCCGAUACGAACCUGGUAGCCAUCCCUCGGUGACCGUAAAGGUGACCCAUCCCAGUGCCCAGGUGAAGAUCUAUGGAGGUGGCAAGAUUGUGGCCACUGCUUUGACCGCCAACUCAGCCAGGAAUGCUGUGUUCAAGGUGGUGAGGAUCCUGCAGGGUCUGGACUACAAGGCGGACAUGAAGAACUACAGCAAGAGCAUCGUGAACGCCUCCUUUCAGAUGCCAUUCAAGCUGGACUUGGACCUGAUGAUCCGCUGCCAUUCGGAGGAGGUGACUUACAACAGGAAUAAGCGACCCUUUAUCACCUUCAUAACCGAAGGAGCGGAGGCCAGAUUCGCAGUUUUUCCCACGGGAUUCGUGCUGGUCCUUCACUCCACGAGUCACACUGAAACUAGAAGAGCUAUUGCUGAAUUCCUGCCGAUCCUGGCCAGAUUCAACAAUGGAUACCCCACCAAAGCGGAGGAGGAGGGAGUUGUCGUGGGCGAUUUUACCUACAAGCUGCUGUGGGAAAAGCGAUUGGAGGAGGACAAGGAUGGUCUGCUGCUCUACUCCUAAGUUUGUAUUACAUUUAAAUAUAUACAAUUUUUAAUGCCUG